GUCUUCGAUUUUGCCCUGACGAAGGAGGAGAUGGCAAUCCUCAGUACAAGUGGCCGCAACAUUCGUGUCCUACCUGCUGUAAUGGCGAUGGGUCAUCCGGAGUAUCCAUUCGACGACGAAUUCUGA